CUGGGCUGGGCUGGGUGUGGCACUCUCCCCGCCAGCUUCUACAGCCUGGGGCAGGAACAAAAACCUGUGGGUGCCUCAGACCACAGCAGAGCUCACAGAACCGCGGGAUUCAGGCUGACCCUCCAGCAUGGUAGAGUUCGCGCCCUUGUUUGUGCCGUGGGAGCGCAGGCUGCAGACACUUGCUGUCCUACAGUUUGUCUUCUCGUUCUUGGCUCUGGCCGAGAUCUGCAUUGUGGGCUUCAUAGCCCUCCUGUUUACAAGAUUCUGGCUCCUCACUGUCCUAUAUGCGGCCUGGUGGUACCUGGACCGAGACAAGCCGCGGCAGGGGGGCCGGCGCGUCCAGGCCAUCAGGUGCUGGACCAUAUGGAAGUACAUGAAGGACUAUUUCCCCAUCUCGCUGGUCAAGACUGCUGAGCUGGACCCCUCUCGGAACUACAUUGCGGGCUUCCACCCCCAUGGAGUCCUGGCAGCUGGAGCCUUUGCCAACCUGUGCACUGAGAGCACAGGCUUCUCUUCGAUCUUCCCCGGUAUCCGCCCCCAUCUGAUGAUGCUGACCUUGUGGUUCCGGGCCCCCUUUUUCAGAGAUUACAUCAUGUCCGCAGGGUUGGUCACAUCAGAAAGGGAGAGCGCUGCUCACAUUCUGAACAGGAAGGGUGGCGGAAACUUGCUGGGCAUCAUUGUAGGGGGUGCCCAGGAGGCCCUGGAUGCCAGGCCUGGAUCCUUCACGCUGUUACUGCGGAACCGAAAGGGCUUCAUCAGGCUUGCCCUGACACACGGGGCACCCCUGGUGCCGAUCUUCUCCUUCGGGGAGAAUGACCUAUUUGACCAGAUUCCCAACUCUUCUGGCUCCUGGUUGCGCUGUAUCCAGAAUCGGUUGCAGAAGAUCAUGGGCAUCUCCCUCCCACUCUUUCAUGGCCGUGGUGUCUUUCAGUACAGCUUUGGUUUAAUACCCUACCGCCGGCCCAUCACCACUGUGGUGGGGAAGCCCAUCGAGGUACAGAAGACGCUGCAUCCCUCGGAGGAGGAAGUGAACCAGCUGCACCAGCGCUAUAUCAAAGAGCUGUGCAACCUCUUCGAGGCCCACAAACUUAAGUUCAACAUUCCUGCUGACCAACACUUGGAGUUCUGCUGAGCCCAAAGGGCAAGGCCAACAUUAGGGAGCCCAGCAGGAGGUGCUGUGCUCUGAGAAGACUUCCUGGAGGUGUUUGUUGAACAUAUCUGCAGAGCCUUCCCAGACUCCUGCAAAUCCAACCCAUGUCAGGCUGUAAGUUAGAGCGGGCAACGCAGAAGAGACCAGAUUCUGGCACUGCAAUCUGCACUUCUGCUACAAGACCUCUGCAAGCCUCCUGCUCCUUGGCUUCUGUCUGCUCAGUGAAAUGGGAGAAAGGGCUGGAGGAGAAUGUUUUCUGAGGUCUCUGAUCUCUGUUGUAAUGUCACUCAAACAUUAAAAAAGGAAAUGCAGGGGAACAAAGAGAACAGCAAGGUUUUUAUUCCUCUGACCUUGAGUGACAGCACAAAAGAGGCCACCAGCUCCAGUCCCUUCUCCUACAAGAGCUGUCAUCUUGCACCCUGGAUGUCCCAGGUCCUCCCUCUCCAUGCUGGAGAGGAGGGGUGGCCAGCAAACCCCUGCCCUCACCCUAGGUAGCUUCAAGCUUCUGGGUUCCCUGGGUGAUGGAGUGGCCGCCAGAGGCACACAGAAGGUGGGUAGGGAGGACUGUGCUCUGUUACCAACUGGCUGUAUGACUGUGGGCAGGCCUCUUUUCUCUCCUUCUGAGCCUCAGUUUUCCCACUGACUCUGAGUCUCAGCUCUGACAUUACAUAGGCUGAGAGCUCCGUAAGGCGCCUCUUAUUCACCCUUUGUAACUUAAGCCCCUGACCUUGGCAUAAAAAAGGGGGCUCCAUAAAUGUCAGUUCAAUAAAUGAGAGAAUUAUAUUUUAGCAUGCUUAUCUUUCUUUCUACCCCCAACCAAGACGGCUGGUCAAAGCCUUACCCUUGAUCCCCCAGCCUGGCCCUGGGGCCCUGUCUCACCUUCCCAGAAGCUGGAUGAGACUGAGCCAGAGAAGACCAUGG